AUGUCUACUCGACGUGUCACCUGUGCAAAAAAUGCAACUCAGCAUCCGGGUAUCCCAGACAUAACCCCGAAGAAGAAACGCCGUACUGCAGAAGAAGUAGCUGCUGAGCGUCAGUCUAAGUUAGAUGCUAAAGAAGAGAAAGAACGCACCAAGAGAGCUAGCAUCAAAUGUGUUGCUAAAUAUGAGAAGAACCAGGCGGACCAGGAUGUGGUGACCGAUGCUACACCGCGGGCUGCGCUGCCCAAGCCAAAGCCAAUCCCAAGCAAGAGGAAGGCUGUUGUGGCGCCUCCUGCUACCAAGAAGAAGGUUACGCCUCCUUCAGAUGCCGAGAUGAGUGAUGCACGAGCUGCACCUUCGGUACCAAGGCCAAGGCCAAAGCCAAUUCCUCGCAAGCAGAAGGUAAUUGUACAGACUCCCGCUGCGGAGGACAACGGGUUUCUGUCGGAUGCUGAGAUGGAUGAUGCGGCUGCUGAUAGCAGCGCCUUCAACCCCGAUCCAACCCAACAUUCAGGCACGACACCUGCUUGGGCCGAUGAUUCCGACGAUGUGGAGGAACUCAAGGCUGCGCCAGAUGACCAUGAUGAUCCAAAGUCUCCGAACGACAACAACUUCAUGGUACUAGACAACAACAACAACAACAACAACAACAACAACAACGGCCGUUAUGGUCAUUCUGAGGAGCCCAAACUUCAAGACCCAUCAUGUCAUUCAGCGAGCGAUACUGGAAGCGAAGGUUCAUAUGACCUUCCUCGCACCUGCGGCGUCACACCCAUCUAUGAUCGCAUCAAGACUAACAACUCGUAUGCAUCUGCACUUGCAACGCUGGUUGAUGCUCGAGUGCCGCUUUUUCGCACUGAAUUGAAAGAUGACGCUUGCGCACAAGUCACAGCAUAUUACCGUCUUCGUCCUGAUUGUGUUGAUACUACUAAGGCUUUGCUUGCGAACCAUGUCUACCAUUAUGCGCAACAUUUCGAUGACACAAAUGACCCCAUUCCACAGCCGACAAAACCUUACUCUGCAGACAUCUUGCCUUAUCUGAUGAAGGGACGCUACUUCAAUGGGUCGAAAUCAGUUGGUGUGAAAUUCGCGAACCAUUUCAAGGAGAUUGCGGGAAACAAGGCCCAGCGGCCUGAGGUAAUGAUUCCAAUGGUUGCUUUGACCAGCACUUCAGUGUAUGCCGCGCUCUUGUGGAAGUCCAGCAAAUCUCCCUCCAAGUUCAAUUUUACUGGCAACCAGUUCAGUGAGGUCUACAUUUUCCAUGUCAACUUUCUCAACGAAAUGGAGGAGAAUGCGCCGAGCAAGUUCCACAAGCUGAUGGCCGACAUUUUCGAGGCUGUCCAGAAACUCUGCUCUAAUGGCGCCACUGCCAUAGCAUCACACAAAGAUGCAAUGGCUUUCCUCGACCUCGAUGGCAUGGACGACGAUGAUGACAAGUAG